UUUCUUCUGUGUAUGCCGCGUCAUUGGUCAACCAUCAAUUCUUGUUUAUUUUUUUCUCUCUUCCUCUUGUUCGUAAUGUUUUGUUCAGCAAGUAUCAACCAUUCAACACGUGGUCAAGUGUGCUUCUCAAUGAGUUGAGGGUCCUGUCGAGUGUCCCAUGAGGAGAAUGAAACUUUGCCCUGAGUCUCAUUAAUCUUUACAUCUCAGCAAAGCUACAGAGUAUUUUGGUGAAAAAAAAUUGUCAUCACAUUUCGCAUCACUAAUAUUUGCUUGUUACCCUUUUAGCAACCUGAAAAGACCCAUAAUGAUCCAUCCAACUAUUGUUCCUUUAUUACAAUCGUAUUACCCAUUUCGUAGCACACCUGCUGUGUCUUUGACUGAAAAUCUUCCACCAGGACAAAAGGCAGACAUCCUCCUACUUGGCUGUGGUGAUGCAGCAAGUGUUUUGUUCACAUGUUUCGUAGAUACUGCAAGGAAAAUUGAUGUAACGUGCUGCGAUGAUAUACCUGGUAUUCAUGCGCGUAAUGUAUUGCUCUACACUUUGUUAAUUGAUGACGAGGAAGAUCAGUCUCUUGAUCUCAUUUGGAAUAUUUACUACCACUGGGCUGUGGAUGACAAGUCACUCCUGCUUUUCGAUACCCAAGUUCUAAAGCUGAUUGAACUAUCAGAAUCGAUAGAUAUGUGGAAUAACUCAGUAUAUGGUUCAAGCAUCCGAUUUUGUGACGCUGAGUCAUUAUUUAAAGUCAGGAUUUAUUGGAUUUGCUUCUCAUCACACGGAUUGACAGGCAAGCAGUUAAAAGAUUUCCUGAGUAUGGAAAAAUAUGCAAUCGACAAAGCAAAAGCGUUUCAAGAGGAAUUAUUAUCGGGUCGGAAACUAUUUAAUCCUGAUAGUAGUCGUGCUGCAAGUCCUGCCACAACUAGUGCAGAAUGUGCUUCAGCAAUGGAAGAAGUUUUCAAACAUUGGUGGGAGCACGGGACAGUACCACCUAGAAAUUCAUCAGCCUUUGUACCUAAUCCAGCAUUCUUGUACUCGCAGAAGUCAAUUACUUUACAUCACACUCUCUCACCUCUCCUUGGUUUUCCGCUAUGCACUGCUUUCACUCCAAUUCUCAAAGGAUCCACCUUUUCUGUUGAUCGUGAGGGUAAAACAGCUACUGAAUAUUUAGUUGCGUCUGCAAAGAAACAAUUCGAACUCUGGGCCUCUGCAUUCAGAAAGGCAAUUCAAAAUAAAUCAGUAAUUCGCAUUUUCUCUGGCGAUGCUCUGACUUUUUGUUUCACUCUCCGUAGCUGUCAAGUACUCUUACCUCACAGAGCAAGGUCGAUGAACUUAUUCAGUAGCAACGUUACUAGUAGCUGCCUAACACUUCAUCACAGCGACUACCACAGUGAUAAAAACGCUGCACCUCUAUGUUUUGAUGUGAUUGAUAGCUCAGAUCUGUGUGAUCAUUUGGGGUCCUUGAAUGUAGUUUCUCUCGCGUCCACUCUUCUCAAGCCUCUUGAAUCUAGCAUUCUCUAUACUGAAAUGACAUUUGAACCAGAAACAAAAGCUGAGGAUAGACUGUUCGAAUUUUUUGGAGUGCAUCUAAAGACAAUGGCCCUAUUACUCGGGCUUGUAGCCCCUCAACUGUUCACUAAUGCCUCUGACAGGUUUGAAGAAGACCCAUGGGUAUAUGAAUCUGCCAAAAAAUGGAUCACUAACUUGCGCGGCCUCCAUCGUUUGCGAUGGAGAUUAUCAAAAACAUGUGAAAAUUCUAGCUGUAAUAUUCAUAUCGAUGCAAAAGCGCUUGCCAUAUUUCUAGGAAAAGUACACGAUGCUAUGUUCGAAUUUGAAAACUUAGGUAUCCCACCUGAAUCAAGUGAUAAAUUGGCAGGGCGGAAAGCGAUCUUGAAACUAAGUUUUCCUCAUUACACCCGUGCUAGCUUUGCAUCGCUUUUGAACAUUCUGAGAACCACUGUCAAAACAAAUUGGAAUGAGUGUGUAGAAUAUUUGUAUGAUAUAAUUAUCUCCACCACUCCUGCAGGAUCCCUCAGAUCCAAUUCGCUGCAAGACCUUUUUCUCAACAUGCAUUUGUACGGGGUUGACACUGGCCGUUUCUUGAAACCUGAUCCUGCAACCAAGCUGUCCAAGAAACUUGAAUCAACCUUUCCGAGAUUAGAUACUUUGCCAGAUGUAUUGUGUGUCACAGUUCGAAUCCCUAGAGAAACGCUGAAAGUUUUCACUGAUUAUUCUUUAUGUGAGAAAACUGACGUAGGGAUUCAAUGGUUAGUAUCGACUGCAGUAGCCCUAGUUUGUAAUUUCAAGAGUAUAGAACCAGGCUAUACAUGGUUUAACACCUUUUCCUCUGUUCAGAUCGUAUUUGGUACAUGGCAUGAACAAUCAAACGGAAAGAAGUGUCACCCAUUCAUCAAAGAAGAUUAUUUCCUUCUGGAUGGUGAGGCAGACUUGUAUGCAUCAGUCAUGGUCCCAACACAGAUGCUCUUGAAAGAAGGUGGUGCAUGGGUAACCUGCAGUAUCCUGAAAACGGAGUUGAAUAAAGAGGCAUAUCAUGAAUAUCUAGGAGAAGAUCUUUGUCUUGUUCGUCGGUCAAUAUUUCAUGAAGAUGUUCAUCUUACUCAAUUUAUGCCAGGAACACGUGCGCUUCCUAAUUUUUCGGUUUUCAAAGCCGAGGGUAAUAAGUUAGCAUCCCUGGUAACUAAAGCGCAAAUGGAAGAUGAUGGAUCAGAAAUCCUUAGGUUAGUUCACUGUAUCUCUCCUGAGUCGCAGGUAGAAAAGGAAAACAUUGCUGCCUUGUCGUCAGUAGUUAAUAUCAAAUUCAAAACACCAUUAAAAGCUGUCAUCAGUUUUGGUCAAUUUUCGCAUGAGCUUACAUUUCCAGUUCCUGUAUCUCCUUCCAAUUGCAAAGUCAGCGUAGUUAAGGGAUGUAUUGAAGUUGAAGCUUCUUUGUUUAAUCCCAUUUUGGAAGAUGCCUCUCUUUUCUUAUUUCCCAUCUCUCUCAUUAAAACUCCAACAGACUCAAUAUUACCUUUAUCAUGGACGUCCACAAGGAUUAACCUUGAUGUUAUGCCUGUAAUAGAUCUUAAAAACGAAGAGGCCAUUCCAUGGUUCAGAUAUCAUACGAACUUAAUGAUGUCUAAACGGGAUAUGUUUUUGAUGAUCUGUCCAGAUGAAGAAAAAAUUGCGAAAAUCGAUCAGAAUAAAAUUCAACUCGAACUCAAGAACAUUCUCUUCAAUCUCUUCAUAUAUUACGGAGGCAUACAAAUUUCGCCAAUUACAUCUUUUGGUCUCAUGGUCCAUCCUGACCACGCUGUAACUCUUGUCUUUCCAUCCUGCCUCCGUCUGGACCUUGCUAACCAUACAGUUGUUCUUGAUUGCGCAAUGGUUCCAGUUUCUGAUGCCUUGAAAUCAGAUCCCAAAACUAAGGAAGUCUUUGAAAGUCCAAUGAAGUCCUUAGAUCUUGAAAAACAUACUAUCACCGAUGUCUUGAACACUUUUCAUCUGGGUGGAAGAGCUGCGAAAUCAGAAUCGAAGACCGAAAAAGAUCUAAAUUCAACACCAGCCCAUAGUCCAGUGGCCUUUUUCCCAAUGAGCCAGGCUGCAAGUAAAGCAUGGGAAGCACUAAUGCCUUCAUUGGUUGAGCGAUGUCGAACAUGGGAACAUGUCUCCAGCUGUGAGUACGUUUUGACCGGAGAGGUGCCAAGGGCACAUGAAGAAAAUGGGAGCGCUUCAUCGCCCAUUUGCUCCUGUGGUGUAGGUAAAUUUCCUCAAAACUAUUUAAGUGAUGAAAUUACGAAGUGGCCAACUUUGAGUUAUAUACUUGAGCAUUAUGCAACACGUGCUACAAUAGCUCCUAUUUUUGUGGAUCCAUUAGUUGAAGACAGCAUAGGAAGAAUUAUGAUGAUAGAGAGAAUGAAUUUCUCAGGUAGUGGUGAAAUUGUUGGUUAUGGAGGGUAUUGGGAUGAUGAAGAGUCAAGUUCUGACUCCGAGGGGAGCGAAGUGAGAUGUGCAACCUGUGGCAGUACCCAUCGAAAACAUUAUCAGGAUGGGAUACGAGAAUUGCUGACUUGCUCCCGCUGUAAACGUGUGAAAUAUUGCUCACAAGACUGCCAGAAGAAAGAUUGGAAAAGUCACAAACCAUCCUGCAGAUAAAUACUUAUAGUUAAUUUGCUGAAGCUUCAAUACGUAGUGUUAAACAGAAUUUAAUUCCUCCCUCUGCUGAUUCUGCAGUCAUUAAACGCAAAUCCAUAAGAACUGAAGGGUAUUGAAUUUCAGAUGUCCUGAAGAAUUUGUGUCUCUCUUUUCGAUUGUGAAAGAACUCACAAAAUGAAAACUACACGGUUGUGCGGAAGUGACAUAAUAUGUUCAAUCAAAAAUUUCCAUGAUUAUGUAUUUUUUGUAAUAAUUCUUUUUUAUUUUUAUUUUGACUGCAGGCUUAAAUGCUUUUUCAUUCUUUUUUUUUUUUUUAAAUUUUAGAGGUAUCUAUUCAUAAGUAUUUUCUAGAAGUUGUUUUUUUCGUCAUUUUUAUUUGAGCAAGAAGUGACAUAGGUACUUGAUGAUAACCAAGAGGUUUUUUAAGAGUGCUUUUUGUCAAACCAUAUUUAUCUUAGCAUAUGUAACUUUGGUCUUAUUUUUUAAUUCCCUCCUUUUUUUCUUUUUAUUUUACGUUAUUUUUGCUUUAUGGAUUUUUUUAAGAUGUUCUUAAAAAACUGACAUGAACUACUUCAAUACUUGAACCAAGGAGUUUUAUAAUAGUGCCUAAUGUAUAACCAAAAACAUUCAAAAAUAUGUAAGUUUUGCAAUUUUCCAAAUUUUUCAAUGUAUUUUCUUAUUUUCAAUUGAAUUAUUGUGUCAAAUACUUUAAUAAAUAUUACUGAGCUGUUUGAUAA